AUGCAUCCUUAUACAUCAAACUAUCCUGUCCCACCGUAUCCAUCAUUAUCAUCAUUUGUCCAUCCACUCAUACCGUCAGCCAAUACGAAUGUUAUGACAUCGUUUCCAUUUUUUCAUGGAUCGCCUGAUCGAUUUACGGAAUUCCUUCUCGAUUCUCGGCAUCCACGUAAACAGCGUCGAUCUCGUACGGCUUUUACAAGCCAACAGUUACAUGCAUUAGAACGAUGUUUUGUUAAAACUCACUAUCCUGAUGUUGUCGUGCGAGAAAAACUUGCUCUUUAUACAAAUCUACCUGAAGCUCGUGUUCAAGUCUGGUUUAAAAAUCGGCGAGCCAAAUAUCGGAAGAAACAAAAAAUACUAAUUGAUACGUCCAAAAAACUAACAACGGUUGUCAACGAUAUUCAAUCAAGUGACGACGACGAUGAGGAUGAUGAAUCGAACUUAAAACAUGAUCCGAUAAUGGUCAAUAUUAAAAAUACAGACGCACCAAUAAUACAGACAUCAUCGACUUUAAUGUGUCAUCAAUUAUCAUCACUCGGUCGAAUGUCGUCCUAUGCAUUGAACAAUGAACAGCACUUCAAAGCCGAUUCAUCAAUAUACAAUUUUUCUACUAAUGAUGAACAAUCGAAAUGGCGUCCAAACUCAUUGAAAUAUCAUAUUGAAAGUUUAUUACAGUAA